CUACCAUGAAUCCUACCUUGCGCACGCACACCAGCCACAGCAUGAUCGGAUGGAGCAUCCGCAGCAGCACGUGGUCCAGGUCGGGCGUCCGCCCUCGCGUGGCUCGUCUUCAGACGAUGCCGCACGCUUGGUCGGCAUGUGCCCUGCUCUCUAUCGCGCUGCCAACCGAGGGCGCACGGAGGAGGUCAUGGCGCUGCUUCUGCAACAACACGCCGCCGGAGCUGCGGCCAAAGAUCGUCAAGCCACUGGUAUAUAUUAUUUGUGUAUGAUCAUGAACAGAGUUAUAUUGAUGAAAAAAAGGGUUGAUAGCAUUAUUCAGCAUGGACAGUGUGACAUACUCGAAGUGAGCGCGGAGGGUAACACCGUUAUUCACGUGGCUGCAGAGCAAGGGCACCACGAGUUGAUCCAGGAGCUCUACGUCAGGUUCAAUAACAUCAAGGGCCUCCUCUCUCACCAGAACUCAGCGCUGGACACGCCGUUGCACUGCGCGUCGAGGGCGGGGCACGUCAGGACAGUGGCCAUCCUCAUCCAGCUUGCCCAGGACUACUGCGGCGAGAGCAUCCUGGGAUGCAAGAACAAGGCCGGGGACACGGCCCUGCACAUGGCGGCGAGGCACGGCCAUGGCGCGGCGACGGAAGUCCUGAUCUCGGUGGCGCCCGAGCUGGCGGCCGAACUGAACAACGCCGGCGUGUCGCCGCUGUACUUGGCGGUAAUGAGCGGGUCGGUGCAAGCCCUUAGGGCCAUUAUCGCGUGCAGGGACGCGUCGGCUGUCGGGCCGAGCUUGCAGAAGCAGAACGCUCUGCACGCUGCCGUCUUCAAGAGCUCAGUAAUGGUUGACCUGCUCCUGGAAUGGAGACCGGCUCUGGCGGAACAAGUCGACGGCAGCGGCAGCAGCCCGCUCCACUUCGCGUCGUCCGACGGAGACAGCGACGUCGUGCGCGCGAUCCUGCGAGCGGCGCCGCCGAGAACGGUGUACAAGAAGGACUCCGGUGGCCUCUCGGCCCUCUUCGUCGCGGCUCGGAUGGGCCACCACCGCGUCGUCAAUGAGAUUCUGGAGUGGUGCCCCGACGCCGCGGAGCUCCGCGACGACAAUGGCGGGACCUUCGUGCACGCUGCGGCCAAGGAGAAGAGCGACUCGUUCGCAAAGGAGAAGCACCGCCACUCGGUCGUAUCUCUCGCAAUCGAGAACCCCAUGCUGCGCGGCCUCCUGGACGUGCAGGACAAGGACGGGAACACGCCGCUCCACCUCGCGGUGGCCGCCGGCGCGCCGCGCGUCGUGGAUGAACUGCUACGGAAGGGCAAGGUGCACGCCGAUAUUCUGAACAACGACGGGCGCACGGCAUUGGACCUCGCCGCCGGAUCGACAAGCUUCUUCACGACGGUAAAACUGGUGGUGAUGCUGGUCGGAUUCGGUGCACAGCUCCGGCCGCAAAGGCAGGACCAUCUGAAGCUGUGGAGCGGCCACGACAGCAUAGCGAAGGAUAUAGAGAGAACAUCGGACAGCCUCGCGGUGGUGGCCGUGCUCAUCGCCACCGCCGCGCUCGCCGCAGGGUUCAACGUGCCCGGUGGGUACGGCGAGAAAACGGGCGAGGCGAACCUCGAGGACAGACUCGUCUUUAAGGGCUUCCUGGUCCUGGACAUUUCCGCGGUGGCAGCGUCCGUUGUCGCGGUGAUCCUGCUCGUCUACGGGAAGGCGUCCCGCUCCGCUGGCUCGUGGAAGAGCUUCGCCGCGGCGCUGCAGUGCAUGUGGGCGUCGCUCAUCUGCCUCAUGCUGGCGUUCUACGCUGUGCUGGAUGCUGUGACGACCACGAAGGCGGUCUAUCGCUACGGGUUUCCGGUGAUCUUCGCGUGCAUCGUUGUCUUGAGUAUCUUCAUCAUGUCGCGGAUCGAACCGGUGAGGACGUCGCUCACGGUCUGGAGAUUCAUGUGUCAUCGUGCGAAGUCGUCGCGCCAGACAGGCUGGAGAUUCAUGUGCCAGCAGCGUUGUCACUUGAAAGGAUGGCAUGCUGUCCAGAGGCAGUUUCCGCUCGCCGGUGCUUACGUGCUCAACUUGUGUCUGUUUACAGCUACAUAUGUUCUAAUAGGGAUUGUAGGUUUUGUAGGCAUCUCUUGGCUAGAGCAGCUCCAGCGUAUGUUUUAAGAGGGUGCUCCAAAUAAAGCAUCAGUAUCACUUUUUCUAGGCGCCAAACCCCGGAGGGCACGGUGUCAGGAAGCACCAACUUAGCAGUGGUGCUAGCUUUUGCAGCCGGUGCUUCAAAUAAAAUAGUAUAUUUUACUCUUGACUACUA